ACGGCGCUUUGGCCACCGCUGCUGAUGUCAUAGAUACUGGCAUAAACAGGCCGAUAAUCCCCGAGUGGGACGCUGAUGUCACCGGUUGGUUCAUGGUUGGCAUUAAAAGCACGAGAAGCGGGGAGGCGCUCCUCCAUUCCUCACGCUCCUCCCGUACGCCAAAAUGUCCAACGGGUCUUUGGGCUUGACGCCCUACGUGAGCCUGGACACGUUUGUCAUCCCGCCGGGAGCCAAGUACCCCAUCUUCUUCGCGGGCCUCCUCCUCUACCUGUUCUGCGUCUCGUGCAAUGCGACGCUGCUGGGCGUGAUCGCGCUACGCCGCAACCUGCACAAGCCCGUCUACUUCAUCCUGCUCAGCCUGCCGCUCAACGACCUGAUGGGCAUCACGGCCAUGCUGCCCAAGGUGCUGUCGGGCGUGCUGAGCGAGAGCAACCGCAUGGCGUACCCGUUGUGCGUGCUGCAGGCCUUCCUGCUGCACCUCUACGGCGGCGGCAUCCUCUUCAUCCUGGCCGCCAUGUCCUUCGACCGCUACGUGGCCAUCUGCAUGCCGCUGCGCUACGGCGCCGUGGUGACGCCCAGGGUGGUGGUCGGCGUGGUCACCCUGGUGUGGGCCUUGGACUUCGCCCUGAUCACGUUGCUGUUCUCCUUGCAGAGCAGACUGCCGCGCUGCCGCUCAGAGGUGGCCAACGUCUUCUGCGACAACCCCUCGCUGCUCAAGCUCACGUGCGGCGACACGUCCGUCAACGACGUGGUGGGGCUGGUGAACACGGCCGUCAUGCAGGCCCUCAGCGUGUCCGUCCAGGCCUUCUCCUACACCAAGAUCCUCAUCACCUGCAUGGUGACCAGGCACAGCGACGCCAAGAAGAAGGCGGUCAACACGUGCGUGGCUCAGCUGCUCAUCCUGAUCAUCUUUGAGAUCGUGGGCACCUUCACCAUCUUGUCGCACAGGUUCCGGAACGUGCCGCGUGACGUGCAGAAGAUCAUGGGCGUGCUGAUAUUUCUCAUCUCGCCGCUCCUCAACCCGCUGGUCUACGGGCUGUACACCAGCGAAAUACGAAACACGCUGUUCAGGGUUUGGAGAAACCGAGUUAGAGGCUUCUAGAAAGACCGCGUGGAAGACAUCAGGCUUUGCAGGGGGACCUCCGUUUUUCAUGAUGCAACCUCUUAACUCAUUCAGUGCCAUUGACGGUUAUAGACGUCAAAGAUAUGAACUGGGUUGGCAGUGAACGGGUUAACAAGAAGCAGAACUGCAAAACUGGUGUUUGAUGUCCAGUCUCGGCGUUGCGAGCGGCCGUGACACUCAAAGCGAAGCGGCCACGUCGCUCUGUUUGUCGCAGGUACCGAUGACCAGUUGUUCCGUCAAUUGUGACUAUAAAUAAAAAAUAAAUGAUUUUUUUUUUUUUUUUGUCGAUAUAAAUGUGAUUUAGUCAUUGUUUGCGCUGUGUGUCAUCAUGUCGGAUGUCGCAGAUAUUUUGUCAGAUUCUAUGACAUGAUUAGAGGAGGGCAAUAAA